UCGCCGGAGUGUAACAACACGGGGUAUAUUGUACGGCUACAGAGACGUUGGAGCGAUCCUCGGGGAAGUGUAGUCAGGGACGGGGUAUACAGAUCCCUGUGUUAGGGUAGCGCGUGUGUAGAGACCCGACCGCCAAAGACGCUACCCCCGGGCUAUCGCGCAUCUCAGGCAAGGACGACAUCAUGUGGCGUUAAUGGUGUUUCAACCCCAAGUAAAUGUUGACGGACGGUCGGGCAGACAACGGCCGAUAAUGACAUAACAUCACUUUCCUUCGAACCAGGUCAGCAAACGAAAAUGUCAAAGAAGUCGUUACACGUGCACUGGAGGUGCGAGGAAGACAGGACAGAAAGCAAUGGCGAGGUGCAACCAGUCCUAAACGGUAUCCUGAAAAAUUCCACAACUAAUGGUAAAAAUGAGAUUAUUCCGGAAAAGCAAACGCCUGUCCAACAGCAGACGAAUAAUAAGCGUCUGCAAAACUUUAUUGAUGCCCAAGAUCCUAAAAGACAAAGACAAAAUAUCCAGAACGUUCAACAAAUACGACAGAAACAAAGAGCACCUCUACCACCAAACAUAGGAUCCCGGACGUACAACCCCGUUCCCGUGCCUACUCCCGCCAACAGGAAGAUGUUUGGCGCAGGAGUACCACAGCAGUACGUAUACCUACAGCAAUCCGGGGGCAGCACGCGGCGAUACCCACCAGGAUACCGUUCAUCCCGCCCCCAGUCGGCGCACAACCAGAUAAACCAUUCUAGGACUCUACCCCCAUACAGGAUCGUACCACCACAAUUAGGAUUGUCCAGGAUGGACGACAAUUCACCACAAGUACGCCUAGGUCGUUACCGACCAAAAGUUAUACAGGAGCAUUUCAGUCCGAACAAUAUCCGGGACGCCGAGUUUCUCAACAAACGGCGGGAACAAUCAGCGCCUGACAAACGUAAAUCAGUGCAGACCCACACCUGGCAAAAACAGGGAUCGGCCGAGGCCAAGGUAAAUGUCACGAGACAAGAUGCUAACCUAUCAACACUGCGGACCAAAACAAUCGUGCGUCUCAAAGCUUCCCCGAUCCAGUCCCACAACCCCCAAUGGAAACACAGACUAGUGUCUUCCGUUACCAUUCCACCCAGGUCUUCACAAGAGGACGACAACGGGAAUUAUGUGAUUGUGGAUUACGUGGUAGAUAACCUGGGUCCUCAAAUGUUACAAAUGAAACUGACUGAAAAUGGCGACACAGAUAUGGUGACACGAGGCGUAGGUAAUGGCCAGGGCGACACAGAUAUGGUGACACGAGGCGUAGGUAAUGGCCAGGUUAACAAUGGACCUACUAACUCUGGCAAUACAACAGCAAUUUCUACAGCUUCAGAAAAAGAAGUUGAAAUGAUAGAAAUGCAAAAGCAGGUCCUCCAAGAGAGUCUCUAGCACAGCUCCCUACAUAGACACUGUGCUGUGUCACAGUAUUGGAUUCAGUUAAGAGCUUGGGACGUGACUCCGACAAUACUCAUUAAUAUUACUGGGUAAAAAUUACUGUGUUUGGUGUACCCGGUACAACAUACUGUGUUGAGUGUACCUGGUACAGUUUACUGUGUUGAGUGUACCUGGUACAGUUUACUGUGUUGGGUGUACCUGGUACAGUUUACUGUGUUGGGUGUACCUGGUACAGUUUACUGUGUUUGGUGUACCUGGUGCAGUUUUCUGUGUUGGGUGUACCUGGUACAGUUUACUGUGUUGGGUGUACCUGGUACAGUUUACUGUGUUGGGUGUACCUGGUACAGUUUACUGUGUUGAGUGUACCUGGUACAAUUUACUGUGUUGAGUGUACCUGGUACAACAUACUGUGUUGGGUGCUCUUUGUACAUACAAACUUCCUUUAUCCAGCACAUGUAUCAUUCCAUUUGUCGUUCCACUUGUACAUGUAUAUUGUUUUUUCCAAUAUUUAUAAGUGUUUGAUGUAAUUGCUAUACAAUAAAGGACAUUAGUUUCUACAUCUAUUAAUUCCAAUUGAUGAGUGAAUAAAAGACAUUUCUGUAUGUGGUGAGGUCACCAAAUCUAGGUCACUUUGAAGGUUUACUUAUCAGCCUUCACUUCACACAGCUAUAAAUAAGGGUAAACUCAACUAUUGAAAUACGUGUAUUAUAUAUAUAUAUCUAUGCAUUAUGAUAUGAAUGUCACCAAUUAUAUACACAUACAGAUUAUAUGUAAAUAGGAAAGAAAUACACAAUGUAAUUGGUAAAGGAUUCACUACUAUUAAACUUGUGUCAGUUGGAAAAUGUAUAUGUUUUGGAAAGUUGUGUUCUUUUCUUUAUGUAAAAGAUGUAUAGUUUGCACCUAUAUUUUCCUUAUUAUAACAAUCUCUGGAUUUUACUGUAAAACAUUGUAUCUGUACAUGUUGUCAGCAUUUUACAAUGUAAGAUUACCAGUUUUCUAACAAAUACCAGCUUUGCUAAAAGUAGCACCUGGAAUUUGUAUUUAGGAUUCUUACAUAUACAGUAUCACAGUAAGUAUAUCAAUAUAGACCGUAUUUGUUGGUAUACUGCAGUGAUCCACAACCCCACAGUCCAAUAAAUAUUUAUAUGACUAGAACUCAAACAAUGAUAGAUCAGCAAGAGACCGACAGCGAACUCCUCAUUGAAUUCCAACAAACUUUGCUUCAUCAUAAUAAAAUGUUCAUCUGUUCAGUGAAAAGAUACCACAGUUGAACUUGUUGUAUUGUGACUUCCUUUGCAUCAAGAUGUCAUAGCAAAAUAUUAACCAGCAAAAAGCAAAUUUGAAUUAAUGUUAAAAACCAAGAUGGCUGAAUAACAACCAUUUUCAAUUGAAUCGCCCCAAAAAAUUACCAAGCAGAACUAGGAUGCAUGGGAAAUCAUCAUGUAAAUCUUUUAAAUCCUACUCCAUUUAUCAAUAUCAAUAAUUUUUAUCCUAUGACAACAUAAGGACUGUAGAGAUGAGGGAUCUAUGCCACCUCCAUGUGGUCCUGUAAGGAAUUUGAAGAAGGCUAACUUUCAGAUGUCUUAUGUUUUACAUAUAAUGUAACAUGACAGAAGUGUAUUGUUGCUUUUAUUGUUAAUGUCAAACGAUAAAAUGUUAUGAAAAAAG